AUGCUCAGGCAUUACAAUGAAUGCCAGGACUUCAGCCUGGGUGAACCAGAAAGGAUAGAAAACACUCCCCUAUGUUUAUGGAUGAUACCAGGAGUAUUUGGAGAAGUCACGUGCAAAGGUGUGGUAUACAUUGCCUAUUUCACAUCAACAGCGUCCAUCCUCUGCCUGACAGUCAUAGCAUUGGACAGGUACUAUACCAUUGUUCAUCACCUCCGCCGCAAUCUUUGGUUCAGAAAGCCUAAACUGACAAUGCCAUUCAUUUGGAUCUUUUCACUGGCUUCAAUGUCCAUUUUUGCAGCUAUUCAAACCAUGGAAGACCACAAUUCCCAAUGCAUGCUAUCUGUUUAUGUUUUGGGUGAUCCAUGUAAGACUAUCCGUGGCCUAUUCCUCUACCUUGUGGUGAUCAACUAUCUGAUCCCUUUGAUUGUGAUGUCUUUAUUGUAUACUAUUAUUGCAAGGAGGUUGUGGUUCCAAGGUGCACAUCGAAAUGAGCAUUCGACUGAAAAUCGAGAGCAACAAGACACCCUAAAGAGAAGAAUAGUUUGGAUGCUGAUUAUUGUUACCUCCACUUUUGCCCUUUGCUGGCUUCCAGCCAAUGUGGUUCACAUGAUAUUUGUCAUGCAAACAUGGAAUAUUGAGGUAACUUUUCAGCCGAUUGUCAUGUUUCUGUGCUUUUGGUUUGGUCACGCCAACAGCGCCAUCAAUCCGUGGCUGUACAUUUUUCUGAGCACCAAUAUCAAUACCGCAUUUAAAAGUAUGGUGUGUAGAGAAACCCGCCAGUCGCCUCCGAGUAACAGCGUCAUAACAUCAAACGCUUUCUUACCACCUGAACAAGAAACUGUCAAGGAAGAAUCAAAACUAUAA